AGCCUGCUGAACAAAAACAUGAGAAUCAGAAUGACUGAUGGACGGACACUGGUGGGACUGUUCCUGUGCACAGACAGAGACUGCAACGUCAUCCUGGGGUCCGCUCAGGAGUUCCUCAAAUCCUCAGACUCCUUCUCCCAGGGUGAGCCCAGAGUGCUGGGGUUAGCCAUGAUUCCCGGUCACCACGUGGUCUCUAUCGAGGUGGAGUCAGACAGCCUGGCCGACACACAGGGGUUUGGGUCCAGCCACUGAGGAACAAGAUCAGCUUGCCCAAAGCUGGAGGAGACUAGCUAGCAUCCUGGCUAGCCAGGUCUAUGUCUCAGCAGCCUAGAAGAUGCUACAGUACAGACUUGAAAUUGAGAAUUCAAUCAAAGGAGAAUUCCAGAUGCAGCUGAUCUCUGGUGCCAGUGUAUUUGGUUUAGCAGGCAGCCA